GCCGCCUCCUCCUCCUGCCUCUCCUCCCCCAGCGUGCGCGGCCGCGGCGCUACGCGAGCGCGGGGAUCCAGCGCGGCCUACGGGUAGCGCCGCGGCCGCCAUGGCCGGGGAGGUGAAAACGAAGCUGUCCAAGAACCUGCUGCGUAUGAAGUUCAUGCAAAGGGGUUUGGACUCACAAACAAAAAAACAACUCGAUGAAGAGGAAAAGAAGAUAAUUAGUGACGAACACUGGUAUCUUGAUUUACCAGACCUAAAGGAGAAAGAGAGCUAUAUAAUAGAAGAGAGGAGCUUUAUACCAUGUGAGGAUCUACUUUAUGGCAGAAUGUCCUUCAAAGGAUUCAAUCCGGAAAUUGAGAAAUUAAUGGUCCAAAUAAACUCUAAGAGCAAGAAGGAAGAAAUUGAAGAGGAUGAUAAAAUGGAGGCUGAUGUGUCCGAUGAAGAAAUGGCCAGAAGAUAUGAAACCCUAGUGGGAACAAUAGGGAAGAAAUUCUUGAAAAAAAGAGACCAGCGCGUUCUCCAUGAUGAAGAUGAAGAGGAGAAUAGUAACACAAAACCUAAGAAAGCUAGGAAAAUGUUCUUAAAACCUCAGGAUUAAUGUCAACUGGAGCUAAUAGAAAUGUUGUCUACCAAAUGCAGCAAAUAUAGUACCAAGAACUGCAGAUAUAGAGUUCUUGCUGUUUUAUGUAAAAGAUAGAAUUGUAAAUCUGAGUCCAUUCUUGUUGAAAUUUCUGCCAUCCAUAUAACAAGCAUUUUUUGAAGUGGAUGUGUAUAUAAUGGAUGUCAUACAUCCUUUCCUCUCUUAAGCAGCUUUUAACGUGUGGGAUAUUAAGCCCAUCAGCUGUUUUUAAUGUUGUGCAUAACUAGGAUGAGUGUCAACAUGCAGUCAGUAGCAACAGUAUUUAUAUUUUAUGAUAACAUCUAAAAUAAGUAUUUGCAGUAAAGAUGAACUUUGUCCAAUCCAGUCUAGUGAGACAGUUCAGCUUUUGCUGCUAUUUUUAUUAUGAAAAUGAAAACCUUUGCUCUCUUCAAUUCAUUUAAAAAAAAGUCAGCAGAAAGCAGUUUUUCUAACUGCUUGACAAAUAAGCUGGGAAAAGAACAGAAACAAAAUCCAUUUUUUUAAUUUUAUUUUUUUAUAGAGCAAAUUUAAAAAUAGGAGCUUGUAGCAAAACUUAUCUUUUCCUAGAGCAAGGCAAACGUUGGGCAACGUUUCCAGUUUGACACUUGAGCAGAUUGUGAGCCUUUAAUUUGUGUCUUCCACAAAAAGUUUGCUAAUCUUGUCUCUCUUUCCAACCAAAAAAUUCCAAACUUAUAAUUAUCUUGGUCUUAACAUAGAAGCGUAAUAACAGCUUCGGAAACAUGUUUGGAGAUAAUAAAAACUGAUUUUUUUUUUGUGUGGUUAA